UCGGUCAAAGGCAGGCUAAGAAUGAAGAUGAUGAUGCUGCUUCCUCUGCUGCUCUUUUCCUGUCUCUCUGCGCUGCCUCCUCAUAUGGCGAACCCUUCUAAUUACUCUGAUCAACAAGCUCUCAUGGCUUUCAAAGUUGCUCUCUCUCUCGAUCCAUUUAACUCCUUGAUUGAUUGGUCUCCCAAUCACACCUUCUGUAAUUGGACUGGCAUCACCUGCUCUUCUCGUCGACAGCGUGUGGUUUCCUUGAAUCUCACAGGUAUGAGAUUACUUGGCUCAAUCUCUCCCUCUCUGGGAAAUCUUUCCUUCCUUAGAUUACUUAAUCUCAAUAAUAAUAGCUUCCAGGGCCAUAUUCCAUAUCAGCUAGGAAGGUUGUUUCGCUUGACCUGGCUUGGGUUGUCUGAUAAUAAUUUGGAAGGUCCCAUUCCAUAUCAGCUUGGAAGGCUGUUUCGCGUGAGAAGGCUUGGGUUGUCUUAUAACAAUUUAAGUGGAAGCAUUCCCGCUGAGUUUAGUCUUCUUUCAAAUCUAGAAAUCAUGUUAUUAGAAGUAAACAAUCUGACAGGUAUUAUCCCACCUUUCCUAGGAAACCUGUCCUCCUUAAAUGUCAUUGAAUUGGCCCAAAAUAGACUCCAUGGUGGUAUUCCUCCUGAGUUGGGUUUUCUUAGUCAACUAAACUGGCUUGAUCUCUGCUAUAACAACUUAAUAGGGCCAAUCCCCGUCUCUCUUUCAAACUGCACUAAUCUCCAAAUAUUGGAGCUAUGUGAGAACAACUUAAACGACCCAAUUCCAUGGGAGUUUGGAAGGUUGUCAGAGUUGCAACUACUGUAUUUGUGGGGAAACCAACUCACUGGAGAAAUACCCAGCUCUGUGGGGAAUUGGACUCACCUGCAACUGCUGGAUUUGGCUCAGAACCAACUGAGCGGCGCAGUGCCCCUGGAAUUUGGGAAAAUGAAGCAGCUGAGACGGUUAAGGUUGUGGCAAAAUCAUUUUGUGAGUGGAAGUAGUGGUUUUUCUAUUAUAACAGUGUUAACUAAUUGCUCCAGCUUGAAGGAACUUGAUUUGGCGUUUAAUAAUCUCACUGGCGUCUUGCCUACUUCAGUUGGUCGCCUUUCAAAUUCAAUCUCUUCAUUACAAUUGCAGUCAAAUAAAAUUGGGGGAAACAUACCAAAGGAGAUUGGUAACCUGACAAACUUGGCAUUAUUAAGACUAGGAGAAAACCGAUUCAAUGGGACAAUUCCAUCUGUAUUGGGUAAACUUCAAUAUCUUGAAAGAUUAUAUCUAUACACAAACAACCUACAUGGAAGAAUUCCAGAAAGUUUUGGCCAAUCAAAAAGGCUUGGAUUGUUGUCACUCAGUGAAAAUAUGCUUUCAGGGCAAAUCCCUGAUAGUCUUGGCGAACUUCCACAAUUAAGAAGGCUUCAUCUUGAUCAUAAUCAGCUAUCAGGGAAAAUACCUGCCAGUUUAGGGAGAUGCAAGACUUUGGAAAAGGUGGAUAUGGCGCACAACAAACUAACAGGAAAUAUACCUCCUGAAUUUGCAAGUUUUCAGAAUAUCAAAUUCUAUUUCAAUGUUUCUGGAAAUUUACUACAAGGUUCUAUUUUGGAAAUGAGCAAAAUGGUUAUGGUGUUAGCUAUAGAUGUUUCUCAAAACAAUUUCUCUGGUGGCAUUCCUAGUGCACUGGCAAGCUGCAAAGAGCUGGAAUAUCUAAAUCUUUCUUCGAAUUCAUUUUGGGGGCCAAUCCCUCCAUCACUAGCAAAUCUGCAAAAUCUGCAGUACAUGGAUCUUUCUUGUAAUAAUUUGUCAGGUACAAUACCGGCGGUUUUCGAAAAGAUGAAAAUGCUCCAGCAUCUCAAUCUCUCUUCAAACAGGUUAACUGGAGAGGUCCCAAAGGGAGGAGCUUUUGCAACACUUGACGCCUCCGAAAUAAUGGGAAAUAUUGGCCUUUGUGGUGGAUGGAUAAACUUGCCACCAUGCUCUCAUUCCAAUCACAAACACCCAUCAGUCUCCAAAAAGGUGAUCAUUCCUAUUGUUGUCGGCAUUGCAAUUUUGAUCAUGUCUCUUCUAUUGAUAGCAUUUUCCUAUAGAUCAUGUAGACUUUCCAAUACCCCUGCUCUCAAAGUAUGGCCUCCAAAAAUUUCAUAUGAAGAACUUGUUGAUGCAACUGGUGGGUUUAGUGAUGAAAAUAUUUUAGGAGUUGGUAGUUUUGGGUCCGUUUAUAAAGGUAUUCUAAACAAUGGUAGAAAUAUUGCUGUUAAAGUUCUCAAGUUGCAAGAUGAACAUGCUCAUCAAAGUUUUAGUAGAGAAUGCAAUGUAUUAAAGAGAGUUCGGCACCGAAAUGUAAUUAAAAUCAUUUCAGCAUGCUCCAACCUUGAUUUCAAAGCCUUAAUUCUUCCAUUCAUGUCAAAUGGAAGUUUAGAGAGGUGGUUAUAUCCUCAUGAUGGGGGUAGAUGUAGUUUAAAUUUGAGUGAUCGAAUAAGGAUAGCAAUGGAGAUAGCAGAAGGAAUGGCAUAUCUUCACCAUUAUUGCUUUGUUCAAGUGAUUCACUGUGACCUCAAGCCUAGCAAUGUCCUAUUAGGAGAUGACAUGACUUCAUAUAUAGCAGAUUUUGGCCUUUCCAAUAUUAUUUUUGGCAAUUCGAUGGAUUCUUUGACUUCUACAGAUGCACUUAAAGGAUCUAUUGGCUACAUUGCACCAGAGUAUGGAAUUGGUGGACAGCUUACUACAAAGGGAGAUGUAUACAGUUAUGGAGUUUUAAUUUUAGAGUUAUUGACAAGAAGGAAACCAACAGAUGAUAUGUUUAUUGAAAGAAUCAAUCUACAAAAAUGGACAGAAAUGCAUUUUCCAGAUAAAAUCUCAAAUGUGGUGGAUAACUGCCUGUUCAUAGAUGCUCAUGAAUCAGGGACAACAAUGGUGAUGGAAUUUCUUAUUCAAUUUAUAGAAAUUGGUUUGUUUUGCACAAGGGAUUCACCUCAAGAUCGACCUAAUAUGAUUGAGAUAGUUGAUAGACUAAAUACAAUCAGAGGUACAUUUCUUGGUACACCUAAAACUCUUCAGUUACCAAUAGAUAUCUCACCUUUCAUUAGAAAUGAAAGAAUUAUAAAUACCACUGACUCAGGAAAUCAGGGAAGUUCAUCCACAUCUACAUCAUAGGCCCAAAGAAUUGUUCUUGCUCUAUUUGAGAUAAACAAUGUCCCUUUUUGUUGUUUAAUGAUGUUGUAAAAAUGUUGUAAUGGGAAAGUUGUAUAAGACACUCAAGGAUAGAAAUGUAUGCAUACAAGUUUGCAUUGUAUUUCUGUAUUAGUAUUGAACUUUGC